GAUAAGGUGUUUGCAUCUGAAAGUGUGUAGACUUUGGCCUUUUGUUUUGGCCUUUGCUCCUUUGGUUCUUUCUUUGUUUCAUUGAUCUUUUAUGCUUUGUGAUUUUAAAGUGAAUUUCAAAAAGGUGAAAGCAAAAAGAUUGCUUUAAGAGAAUGGUUUUUUUAUUUAGGAAUCAAUAAUUGAAGGAGCAAAGGGAAAGGUAGAAACCAAAGAGUAAAUGAUCGCUUCGGAUUUGUGGGGAUUAAUCAAAAAACAUAUAGAAAAUCAAAUUCCAGCAUUCUCAGAUCUCUAGGAUCUCAGAAUUUCAGGAAAAAAGGCAACUUGUUGCUUGUUUCUCGAGAAAAUUCUCUCUCUCUUUUUCUUCUUCUAGCUCUUUAUCUUUAGCUCAAUCUCUCCCUCUGGGGUUUACUCAUUCGUAUGGAACAAGUCAUUUUAGGAUCUGGGUGUUGAUCAAAAACAAGUUUUGAUUUUGUAUUUUGAGGUGAAAAGGUUAAAAAACAAAAGGGAUUUUCCUUUGAAAGUAAUGGUGGUUUCAGUUUUGUGGUUCUGACAGAGACACCAUUUGCUUGAACAAGGGUAGAACAAAGACUUUAGCUUCAUGUGAAGAAUGGCAGGUCAUUGUUGUGCUGAUCGGUGGGCAUUGGUUUUUUCAGAGAAAGCAUAGUUUGAAUAAACUGAGAGACUGCAAGAGUUUUAACAGUAUGGAAAUAAAGAGUUUGGUGGUAUUUACAUUUGGGUUACUGAUUUUGGCAUUCAUUGGGGUUUCCUCUGCAACUCUUUCUCCUACUGGUAUAAACUAUGAAGUGGUUGCUUUGAUGGCCAUUAAAUUGAAUCUACACGAUCCCUAUAAUGUUCUCGAAAAUUGGGAUUCGAAUUCGGUUGAUCCGUGUAGUUGGAGGAUGGUUACCUGCACUUCAGAUGGAUAUGUUUCUGCCUUGGGACUUCCUAGUCAGAGCUUAUCCGGGACCUUAUCGACAUCCAUCGGGAACCUUAGCAACUUGCAAUCAGUGUUGCUUCAGAAUAAUGCUAUUUCAGGUCCCAUUCCGGCUACCAUUGGAAAGUUAGAGAAGCUCGUAACUCUUGAUCUCUCGAACAAUACUUUCAGUGGUGAAAUACCUGCUUCCUUGGGAGACUUGAAAAACUUGAACUAUUUGCGGUUAAACAACAAUAGCCUUACUGGAACCUGCCCGGAUUCUUUGUCUAAAAUCGGAGGUCUCACUCUUGUGGACCUAUCUUACAAUAAUCUGAGCGGUUCUCUGCCAAAAAUAUCAGCAAGGACUUUUAAAGUUGUUGGCAACCCUUUAAUUUGUGGACCUAAAGCAAGCAAAAAUUGUUCCGCUUUCUUUCCGGAGCCUCUUUCUCUCCCACCAGAUGGUCUAAAAGCUCAAUCAGACUCCGGAUUGAAGGGCCAUCAUGUAGCUGUUGCUUUUGGCGCUAGCUUCGGUUCGGCUUUUUUCAUCAUAUUGUUUAUGGUGUUAUUUGUUUGGUGGCGAUAUAGACAAAACCAGCAGAUUUUCUUUGAUGUUAAUGAACAAUAUGUCCUGGAAGUAUGCUUGGGCCAUUUGAAAAGGUAUACAUUUAAGGAGCUUAGGGCUGCUACUGACCAUUUCAACUCGAAAAAUAUUCUCGGGAGAGGUGGAUUUGGUAUAGUGUACAAGGGAUUGUUGAAUGAUGGGACUUUGGUGGCUGUUAAAAGGCUGAAGGACUACAACAUAGCUGGUGGCGAAAUCCAAUUUCAGACAGAAGUAGAGACGAUAAGUUUAGCUGUCCAUCGCAAUCUUCUCAGGCUUUCUGGAUUCUGUACAACUGAGAAUGAAAGGCUCCUGGUUUACCCCUAUAUGCCAAAUGGAAGUGUAGCAUGUAGACUAAGAGAGAACAUUCAUGGUCGACCGGCUUUAGACUGGGCAAGGCGAAAGAGGAUAGCCUUAGGUACAGCUCGUGGGCUUGUAUAUUUGCAUGAACAGUGUGACCCGAAAAUCAUUCAUCGUGAUGUCAAAGCUGCCAAUAUUUUGUUGGACGAAGAUUUUGAGGCCGUUGUUGGAGAUUUUGGGUUGGCAAAGCUUUUAGACCACCGGGAUUCUCAUGUAACCACUGCAGUUCGUGGUACCGUUGGUCACAUUGCUCCGGAGUAUUUAUCAACAGGUCAGUCAUCAGAGAAGACGGAUGUAUUUGGGUUUGGAAUCCUGCUCCUUGAGCUAAUCACGGGUCAGAAGGCCUUGGAUCUCGGACGAGCUGCAAAUCAGAAGGGUGUAAUGCUCGAUUGGGUAAAGAAGCUACAUCAGGAAGGCAAACUUAGCCUGCUGGUGGAUAAAGAUCUAAAGGGGAGUUUUGACAGGAUUGAGUUGGAAGAAAUGGUUCAAGUUGCUCUAUUAUGCACUCAGUUCAAUCCGUUACACCGACCGAAGAUGUCCGAAGUAUUAAGGAUGCUAGAGGGUGAUGGUUUAGCCGAGAAAUGGGAAGCCUCGCAAAUGAUAAAGACGCCAAGGUUCCAAUCAUGCGAUAACCCUCCGCAACGGUACUCGGAUUUCGUAGAAGAAUCAUCGCUGGUGCUCGAGGCCAUGGAGCUUUCUGGUCCUAGGUGACACAAUGUUUGCCUUGAAAUCUUCGAUCGCUACUCGAUAUAUCGGAGCUCUGAAAACCAAAAAAUAUGCCGAGUGCUGUUGAUAGUUGUGGAAUGCCUGUAUUCAUCUGUAAAAACACGAAAAUCAUGUACAAGUUUCUU